ACGAACGACAAAUUGGCUAUUGAUGAAGUCACCAUUUCCCACGUUAUUCAUAUGUCUCGCAUACAUAUACAUCGUGAAAGUUUUGGGACCAAAACUGAUGGAAAAUCGAAAGCCAUUUCAAUUGACGAACGUUCUAAUAUUUUAUAAUUUAUUCCAAGUGAUCUUCUCGACGUGGUUAUUCCACGAGUGUCUGAUGGGUGGAUGGUGGGGCCUCUAUAGUUUCCGUUGUCAACCGGUGGACUAUUCGAACAGCCCAACUGCAAUUACGAUGGUGCACGCCAGUUGGUGGUAUUAUUUUUCUAAAUUUACGGAAUUUAUGGACACGAUCUUUUUUGUAUUAAGAAAGAAGAACAACCAUGUGUCAACGCUUCACGUUAUUCAUCAUGGUUGUAUGCCAAUGUCCGUAUGGUUUGGUGUUAAAUUUACUCCUGGUGGUCAUUCAACAUUUUUUGGACUAUUAAAUACAUUCGUACAUAUUAUAAUGUACACGUAUUACCUGUUAGCCGCAUUAGGCCCAAAAAUUCAGCCAUACCUAUGGUGGAAAAAAUAUUUAACGGCAUUCCAAAUGAUACAAUUCAUAGCAAUAAUGGUACACGCUUUCCAAUUGCUUUUCAUCGAUUGCGAUUAUCCAAAAGCAUUUGUAUGGUGGAUUGGUAUGCACGCAGUAAUGUUCUUCUUCCUUUUCAACGAGUUUUAUCAACAAAAUUAUCAACAAAAGAAAGCAGCAAUGGCGAGAAGCAAUGGUAUUGCCAAUGGAAAAACAAAUGGGGUUAUCACGAAUGGGAAUACCGACAUUAAUGGAACGAUAAGAAGGGAUGCUGCUGAUUAUUAUGUUAAGGGUGAAAGUUUAGCGGCUAGCGAAUUUAAUUUUAGAAAGGGUUACGUAUUGAACGAGUGACCCAUACAAGAAUAUCAUCGUUCUUUUCGGCGUUGUUAUUUCUUCUAUUAUUAUUAUUAUUAUUAUUCUUCCAUUUCUUCUUCUUCUUCCUCUUCUUCUACUUCUACUGUGUCACCAAAUGCCUUUAGAUAUUAUUCGCAUCGAGAGCUCGUUAAAAUGAUGCAUACUACUCUACCACCAUCACCACCACCAUUAUCACAACAAUCUCAAACGUGGGAAUCGUACUAUUAUAUUUUCCACACUUAACGUUACAUACUUUUUGUUUAUUUUUAUUUUUAUUAUUAUUUUUAUGACCCUCCCUCCUCCCUUGUCGUACUAUCUCUCUCUCUCUCUCAAUCUUUCUUUAUUCUCAUAUUAUUAUUCCUUAUGAGAUCUUCCUUUUAGGAUAAAAUUCUCUAUUAAAAAAACUAAAACUUAAUUUUGAUUAAGUUAACAACAAAACAAGCUUCCAUGUAUUUCCUGUUCUUCUUCUUCUUCUUUUUCUAUUCUUUAUUUAAUUUCAAAGAUAUAUAUCAAAGUAUAUCUUUAAACUCUUUGCGAUACAGGAUUAUAAUAAUAAAAUAAAUCUAUGUUGUAUAUAACACACAUUUUAUUUGCGUUUUAAAUGAAAACAAAUAUUCGUAUAUUUUUUAAUAAUAAAAGUAUCGUGCAAUGUAAAAACAUAAGAGGAGAAAAGAAAAACAAAAAAAGAAAUAGUAAUAGAUUAAAUUUGUUGUUAUAGGAAUGGGUACAAUCAAAUAAUUCCCAUCAUGCGCCUAUGCACAUGCAGCUAUUGCAAUAUUUCAUACAUAUGUAAUUGUAUACAGCAUGGAUGUAAUAUUUCUACCAUGCAUUUACGGUGCAUCCCCAAAAUAUGGGACAAUUUUAAUCUCGGCACAUGCCCCCAUAAAGAGUUCAUUGAAAAAAAGAUUUAUAAAAACAAUAAAUCUUUUUUUUCUACUUCUUCUUCUUUUUAUGCUGCUGGGCUAUCGUGUGUACCGUUAAUUAUUAUACUUACAUCGUGCGUAAAAAAAAAACAAAAAGAAAAGAAAA